UUAACAAACAGCGCAAUGACAAAAGUCCUUUAUGCGAAAGAGCUCCUUCGUAGAAUUUUCGCAUGCAUUCCAAUAAAUUCACUCUUCCAUAAUUUCAAGAUUGAUUAGCUGUACUUUACUACAAUCUAACAACUUCAGCCUUGAGGUUGAAUAGGAGACUCGAAUUCAAUACGAAACGCGACUCGAUCUGACAACGAAAUCUGUCUUCAGGAUAUUACGCCACUAAGGAAUCGAAUAAGAACUUACCACGGCUUGAAAUGGAUCAAAUUUUCAAAAUCAAAGAUGCCGUGGUCAAUUAUCUUUCCCCCGUUGCGAAACGUCGUAGGACAAUGGGACCUCAAACUCCAGGUCACAGCGCAGUUGAUGACGACCACCAGUUUCUCUCCGAACCACGAAACAAUAAAAGAGCUUUGAGCUUCGCAUAUGAUCGCAUGAACCAGCAGUAUAUGCCUCAAGAAGAUAGAGGAACCCCCUCCAGGAAUCCCCUCAAACGUUCCCGCGAAGACGAUGAGGCUGAUGGACCUAUAUUUUCUGGAGAUGAGGUCUCACCAAAACAAUCCUCUUCGCGGAAUAUAACUGAGAGCGACGAAGAAUCGGUAAAUCCAGAUUAUAUGGACGAAGAUGAAGAUGAAGAAGAGGAUGAGGACGAGAUUUCUGCCGAACAAAAAGUCAAUGAAUAUCUUGCAAGACAGGCCGCGGAGUUAGCUAAGGCAAAAGAGACAGUGGAAAGAGCUCGAGCAAAUGGCGAAUGGUCUCCUGAAGAAAUUUUCUUAUUGGAAAGAAUUCAAUACAUGGGACACGAAGGACUUUUGCCGCACUGGGCGAAGGAGCGGAAUUUUCGAACGGUUCCUGAAGCCAUGUUUUGUCCUGAUGAUAAUGCGCUCUUGGGUGAGAGUAGUAAAUGUAAGUGUCUCCAGAUUCUUUGAUUUCUUCAAACUAAUCAUUCCGCAGCUAUUCAAAUGUUAGAAUUUCUGAACCAUUAUCUUGGUCGUCGUGUACAUGAUAGAUACUACGGUAGAAGUGGCCCACCUGAAGCGCAAAUGCGGCAAUGGAUUGGCAAAUACGUUGAGUGGACUGAAAGAGACGGGGGUUACCAUAAUAAAAAGUUUAUUCCGGUUCUCUGUCUUGUUGAAGGUCGAUGGCACGCACCGGCGGCGGAAACAACUAAGCGCCUGCAAGAUCAAAUGAACUUCCAUGCUGAAUCAUGGCGUCGAUCACUAUUACGCCCGUCACCAAUUGUUAAUGAAUCAGGCGAGGCGGAAAUAUACUUUCGACGUCCUCCUCUCAUUUACGGAAUCCUUUACAUACAGGCGAAAGCACUAUUCGUUACACUGGACUCUUCGGAUCCACAAGCGGAAAUUAGAGAUAUUCACAUUUGUGAUUUCUUAGAUUCGAGCAAACAUUUUUGGCAUGCUAUAUCUGUUGCUAUUGUAGCUAAGAUUGCCCAGAGGUAUAUGAUGUCGAUAAUUGACACUCUGGAAGACGACGACCCUCCUGAACCUGAUUCGUGCAGCGAGAAUGAACUAGAAUCCAAACGCGAACGGGAAAAGCGAUUGCGGAGAGAGGCAAGGAAAUUGGAAAAAGAGAAAGAGCGACAGCGUCAAGAAGACUUAUUAAGGCUUGAGCAGCAAAUGGAGGAUGUUAAGAUGGAAGAAGACGAUGAUCAUGUUAUGGAGUCUAUUGAGGAGUAUGAAAAGGUGCACGUAAUUGAGGGGGAAGAGGAAGAGGAAGAAGAAUUCGAAGAUGAUCGACCAUCAAUGUCGGAGUAUGAUGAGGAAGAAGAAGAAGAAGAAGAAGAAGAAGAAGAAGAAGAAGAAGGGGUUGAGGUUGAAGAGGACGAAGAUGACCGAAGUGCUGAUGGAGAAUUAGAGAAUGAUGAGGAAAUCGAGGAUGCAGAAGAAGACGGUGAAGACGAAGAUGAGGAAGAGAACGAAAGCAACCACAAUAAUGAUAACGAGGGCGGAAGUGAGAACGAAGAUGUUCAAUUCGGCGAUCAUUUUGGAACCGCACAAACCCCCAAGUCAACAAGCUCAGACGAAUUAUCGCAUCUCUAAGCCUCAUUUGAAAAGUACAUACAUACAUACCACUCUGUAUGAGAAUUUCGUGUACUAUUAUAUUGCAUUUCACUUUUCCUUGGAUCAUUUACAAGUAUCACACAGGCGACCCAUGACAGUAUACGAUCGAUUCAAUCAAAGCGUAUUGGAAAUACACUUGAGUAAGCUGGCUUUGAAGAGAUCACCGUGAGGCAUCUUUCAGACAAUGCUUUCCGAUAAUGGCACAUUGGGAAUAUGCGAGGAAUUUUUACCAGGCAGGCAGUUUGGUAAAUGGAGACACCGUUAUGAAUUUGUAUUUUUAAUGCCCUUUUUCUAGCUGUUUCCUUUUCGAGAAAUACCCCUUUUUUACUUCAG